AUGGCCCAUGUCGUAGAAUUGCCUGGAGAGGCAAAUCCUCUGACAUCCCACAAUGUUCUCAGCGCUUUGGUGCUUGCGGCAAGCUCAUCACAACACCAGGUACAGACUGGUACACAGCAGCUUCAGAACUGGGAAACGCAGCCGGGAUACUAUUCUUCGCUUCAGGAUAUUUUCCUUGACUACUCGGUCCCCGGCGAGGUUCGGUAUCUGGCGAUCAUCCAGCUUAAGAACGGUAUAGACAAGUAUUGGAGGAAAACCGCUACAAAUGCCAUCAAGAAAGAAGAAAAGGAACGGAUCAAAAUCCGAGCUCUAGAGGCCGGGAUUGUCGAACCGGCUCCUCUUCUUGCGCUUCACAAUUCAUUAAUGAUUGCAAAGAUUAUGCGUUACGAAUUCCCGCAAGACUGGCCUGAUUCUAUCCCGUCCAUCAUUGCCUUCCUUCGUUCCUCUACACAACCUGGAGCCAAUCCGCUCCAAUUGCCACGAACGCUCCUAAUUCUCUUGCAAAUCAUCAAAGAAUUAUCAACCGCGCGGCUUCAAAGAACCAGGGCCAACCUCCAGUCCGUUUCCCCGGAGAUUUUCCGCCUUCUGGGAGGCAUAUACGUGGAGAAAGUGAACAGCUGGGGAUUGCUCCUCGAACAAGGUCAUGCUGAUGAAACAACAUUACUCGAGCCCAUCGAACAAAGUCUUGUUGCUUUGAAGGUUCUGCGCCGCUUAAUCAUUGCGGGCUUCGAGCACCCAAAUCGGGACAAGGAUGUCCAAGGAUUCUGGGGCUUGACUCACUCUCAUUUUAGCAAGUUUCUUUCCUUCGUAGAGAAUUCGGGGGGCCUUCCUCCCCAUGUGCAGAGGCUCAUCCAAAAACACUUGCUCCAGCUAUCUAAACUCCAUGUGGAGAUGUCCAAAACUCACCCAGCCUCGUUUGCUCUGCUGCCGGAUAGUGUUCCUCUUGUGAGAUCCUACUGGACCUUGGUUAUGAAGCUGGGAGAAACAUAUGAGAAGCUAGGGUCUGAUGGCGAUUCUGAAGAAAAGACUUUAACGGAGAGGAUCGGUCUGAAAGCCCUUUUGCUGAUCAGGGCUUGCGCCAAGAUGGUGUUCAACCCUGCGCAGACAUUCAAAUACCAGACGCCGCAAGACAAGGAGGAGAAGAAGGAAUCAGUUGCGCUCAUCAAAACACAACUAUUUACGCCUGACUUUGUGGUCAAUGUCAUGGAACUGCUCGUUACACAGUUCUUCAAGUUCAGGAAGAGUGACUUUCAAGAGUGGGAGGAGGACCCUGAAGAUUGGGAGAGAAAAGAAGAGGAGAGCGCCGAAGCUUGGGAGUUCUCGAUUCGCGCAUGUUCCGAAAAGCUUUUCCUGGACCUCGUCAUUCAUUUCAAAGAGCUAUUGAUACCCCGGUUACUAAAUGUUUUUUACACUUUUGCAAACCCCGAGAAUCGCGACGUUCUAUUGAAGGACUCGCUGUAUGCUGCUGUUGGCCUCGCUGCCGCGUCCCUGGAGCAGCACUUGGACUUUAAUACCUUCCUCGAGAGAACCCUUGUGCCGGAAGUCCAGAUCCAAGAACCUGGAUAUAACCUCCUUAGAAGAAGGAUUGCGAUUCUGCUUGGCCAAUGGGUGCCCGUGAAGCCAGGCGAGCUAAACAGAGACGCCAUAUACACGAUUUUCCGGUAUCUGUUCAACAAGCAGGAUCCUCUCAACGAUCCUGUGGUUCGUAUUACUGCAGGAAGACAGCUGAGAAAUGUGCUCGACCCAUACGAGUUUUCUCCUGCAGCGUUCAUGCCCUAUGCCCCCUCUAUCCUACAAGACCUCAUGGCACUCGUGCAGGAAGUUGACCUGUCCGAGACUAAAAUGGGCCUACUGGAGACUGUCCGCAUCGCCGUGGUCAAGAUGGAAGAUCAUAUCGCUCCAUUCUCCGACCAGGUGCUCUCUCUGCUGCCACCCCUAUGGGAGCACUCCGGCGAGGAGCACCUCAUGAAGCAAGCCAUUCUGACCUUGCUCUCCUCACUUAUCAACUCAUUGAAGCAAGACUCAGUGAAAUACCAUUCGCUCAUUCUUCCAUUGAUUCGCAGCUCCGUGGAGCCAGGUUCUGAAACCUUGGUAUAUCUGUUGGACGAGGCCUUGGAGCUUUGGUCAGCCAUAAUUACUCAGACACCGAGACCGGCACCCCCAGAUUUGCUUGCCCUUCUUCCAAGCCUGUUCCCCAUUUUCGAAGACGCGACAGACAGUGCCCCGCAGGCCCUCCAAAUCGCCGAAUCGUACAUUCUCUUGGCCCCGGAAGAGGUUCUCAGCGACAAGAUCCGUUUCCAUCUGCUAGUCUCGUUUGAGAGCCUGCUCAAGUCCACCACACGCCAACGUCUUGGCACGGUGCCUCGUCUCGUGGAGAUGGUCAUCCGGUGUGUCGAAGCCGUCGAUGGAGGCAAUGAGAACACCUACAACAUCCUUGCCCGGUCUCUCUUGGACAGCUCCUUCCUCGCGUCGCUCCUUGAGGGGCUCCAUUCGGCCCACGAAGCAAGCCAGACGACGGGACCGAACAGGAAAUCCUCCCCGGUCCACGGAGUCGUGGAAACAGAUUACCUAUCCAUCCUCGCCCGACUAGCCCUUGCCAACCCGCAGAUCUUCGCCUCGGCUGUCUCCGCCGCAACGGCCACCCCGGAGGAGCAGGCUCUGACCUGGCUCGUAGCAGAGUGGUUCUCUCACUACGAUAACAUCGGCAGCGUGAGCCAGAAAAAGCUCCAUGCCCUCGGCCUCACCCACCUACUAGCCCUCAACACCACAUCUUCACAAUCACAAUCAGCAUUAGCAGCGUCAUCAUCGCUUCCAUCACCCCCUCCUUACAUCCUUAACCAUCUCCAAUCAUACCUAAACAUGUGGACAGAUAUCGUCACCGAGCUUGCCGAGGGCGCCGGCGACGACCCCAACGAUCCCCGCAGCGGCGACUACCUUAUCUUCUGGAAGGGCGGGGACCCAGCCACCACCACCGCCACCACCACCACAUCCUCAGCGACCGAGGUCUACGAUGACAACGAGCCGCCAGAGACCACGCGCCGCCGAGAAUGGGACGCCGCAGACGUCAUCCACAAGAUCAACAUCCGCGACUUCAUCAAGCAGCACCUGCAUGCCCUUGUUCUUGCUUGUGGCGGUGAGCACCGCUUCCAGGAGGACUGGCUCGGCAACGUGGACCGUGAUGUCGUGGCUUCCUUCGUCGGCUUGGGGCUGUUCUAA